GGUGCUCAGACUUUGCUUGGGCCGAUUUCCCGGUCUCGGGAUCCUUCCCUGAGCCACAUUCUCUCUUCCCUCCACGCGCGCUCGCGGGUCCUCCUAGCCCGUCGCCCUCUGUCUUGACCCCCCCAGGCUACUCAUUCAUCCUAACCCCAUCAGUUUCCCCCAGUCUGCACCGGGAAGACUUGCUGAGGGUCUCCCCGGUUUCUUGUCGACCGCAGAACCCGAAAGUUUGCCAGAGGAAGAAAGCGCGCUGCGAGCAAGCGGGCCAGGAGCUGAGGCAGCGGCGCCGGGGACCAUGGUACUGCCGGCGCCUCCUCCGCAGGCGUGAAGGCGGCGCUCCCACUCCCUCCCCGGACUCCUCGGUGUUCCAGGAGACUUUGCUGGCAAUUCCAGUUUCCAAACGGAACAUUUGGGCAAUGGUGAGGGCUUCAGUCCCUUCUCUGAUUUGCUGUCAACUGUGAAUGGGUGGAUGUGAUGCCUGCUGGCUGACAGGGGUAAGAAGUGACCUUUUGAGAGGUGACUGUAACUGAAGAUUGCUUUACAGAAGCCAAAAAGGUUUUUGAGUCAUGAUGCAAGAAUCUGGGCCUGAGACAAAAAGUAACGGGUCAGCCAUCCAGAAUGGGUCAAGCAGCAGCAGCCACUUACUAGAGUGUGGCAGUCUUCGGGAAGGGCGGUCCAACGGGGAGGCACCAGCCGUGGACGUGGGGCCGGCCGAUCUGGCUCACGCGCAGCAGCAGCAGGCUCUUCAAGUGGCAAGACAGCUCCUUCUUCAGCAGCAACAACAGCAGCAGCAGCAAGUUAGUGGAUUAAAAUCUCCCAAGAGGAAUGACAAACAGCCAGCCCUUCAGGUGCCCGUGUCAGUGGCUAUGAUGACACCUCAAGUCAUCACUCCCCAGCAAAUGCAGCAGAUCCUCCAGCAACAAGUGCUGAGCCCUCAGCAGCUCCAGGUUCUCCUGCAGCAGCAGCAGGCCCUCAUGCUUCAACAGCAGCAGCUUCAAGAGUUUUAUAAAAAACAACAGGAGCAGUUGCAGCUUCAACUUUUACAACAACAACAUGCUGGAAAACAGCCUAAAGAGCAGCAGGUGGCUCCCCAGCAGCUUGCUUUCCAGCAGCAGCUCUUGCAGAUGCAGCAGCUCCAGCAGCAGCACCUCCUGUCCCUGCAGCGCCAGGGCCUCCUCACGCUGCAGCCAGGCCAGCCCGCACUGCCCCUCCAGCCCCUCGCUCAAGGCAUGAUUCCAACUGAACUGCAGCAGCUCUGGAAAGAAGUGACGAGUGCUCAUACUGCAGAGGAAACCACAGGCAACAAUCACAGCAGUUUGGAUCUGACCACGACAUGUGUCUCUUCCUCUGCCCCUUCCAAGACCUCCUUAAUAAUGAACCCACAUGCCUCUACCAAUGGACAGCUGUCAGUCCACACCCCCAAGAGGGAAAGUUUGUCCCAUGAGGAGCACCCCCAUAGCCACCCUCUCUAUGGGCAUGGCGUAUGCAAGUGGCCAGGCUGUGAAGCAGUGUGCGAAGAUUUUCAAUCAUUUCUAAAACAUCUCAACAGUGAGCAUGCGCUGGACGAUAGAAGUACAGCUCAAUGUAGAGUACAAAUGCAGGUUGUUCAGCAGUUAGAGCUCCAGCUUGCAAAAGACAAAGAACGCCUGCAAGCCAUGAUGACCCACCUGCAUGUGAAGUCUACAGAACCCAAAGCUGCCCCUCAGCCCCUGAAUCUGGUAUCAAGUGUCACACUCUCUAAAUCUGCAUCAGAGGCUUCUCCACAGAGCCUACCUCAUACUCCAACUACCCCAACUGCCCCCAUCACUCCCGUCACCCAAGGACCCUCCGUCAUCACCACCACCAGCAUGCACACGGUGGGACCCAUCCGCAGGCGGUACUCAGACAAAUACAACGUGCCCAUUUCUUCAGCAGAUAUUGCGCAGAACCAAGAAUUUUAUAAGAAUGCAGAAGUUAGACCACCAUUUACAUAUGCAUCCUUAAUUAGGCAGGCCAUUCUUGAAUCUCCAGAAAAGCAGCUAACACUAAAUGAAAUCUAUAACUGGUUCACACGAAUGUUUGCUUACUUUCGACGCAAUGCAGCCACAUGGAAGAAUGCAGUGCGUCAUAAUCUUAGUCUUCACAAGUGUUUUGUGCGAGUAGAAAACGUUAAAGGGGCAGUAUGGACAGUGGAUGAAGUAGAGUUCCAAAAACGAAGGCCACAAAAGAUCAGUGGUAAUCCUUCUCUCAUUAAAAACAUGCAGAGCAGCCACGCCUACUGCACACCUCUCAAUGCGGCUUUACAGGCUUCGAUGGCUGAGAAUAGUAUACCUCUAUACACUACCGCUUCCAUGGGAAAUCCCACUCUGGGCAACUUAGCCAGCGCCAUGCGGGAAGAGCUGAACGGGGCAAUGGAGCAUACCAACAGCAACGAGAGCGACAGCAGUCCAGGCAGAUCCCCUGUGCAAGCUGUGCAUCCUGUGCACGUCAAAGAAGAGCCCCUCGAUCCAGAGGAAGCUGAAGGGCCUUUAUCCUUAGUGACAACAGCCAACCAUAGUCCAGAUUUUGACCACGACAGAGAUUACGAAGACGAACCAGUAAAUGAGGACAUGGAGUGAACAUCUGGGCAGGCCAAUCCCAAGAAUAAAGAUUGGGAAAAAGCAAAACAAAACGUCAAAAGUGAGCAGUGAAAUUGUUCUCCAUUUGUUGUACAGUCUGGAGGAGUUUCGCUACAUUUUGACAACUCUGAAAUGUGUUAACUCUUAGUGCCAUCAAGAAUCCCAUUUGGGAGUAUUUUUGAUUUUUCUACUUUUUGUUGAAAAAAGGAAUUUGUACUCUGUGCAUUGGACGGACUUGUUUGGUACUUGGGAUUUUCCUCUCUUAAACAGUCAACAUCUGUUGUAAAUUUGCUAAACUGAUUCACUUUUAGCAGCAGACUUUGAACUGCAGUCCUGCCGACGUUGGAGCCUGAGGACACCCAACUGAGCAUGUGCACCUACGCUGCAGAACAAGCCUCUGCCCAGAAUUUAAGGAUUCCAGUGGACAACCUAUUUGCACAGUACUGCAUGUUGAUUAUCACUGCCUUUUACUCUCUCUCU